AGACAUAUUUAGUAGUUAUCGACUAUCCAAAAUUGGGCUCAGCCUGCUGUGUUGUCAUACAAAUGAAUUAUUUUUAUUAUCAAAUAGACCAACACGACGCUAAUGUUAUAAACGCUAAUCAAAUUCCAAUAAGAAGCUUAUCGCUUAUCGCUUUGGUUCUUGCGAUAAGAAAGAGGCAGUGCGAAGUCUGCGCGUUUUUCGCCAAGAUUGGACAAUCAGUUGGUUAAUUUCUAUGGUUCGAGUUGGUACUGUAAUCAUUUGAUGCGGGCUCAACGCACCAACCAAAUAGAGACGGCGGGUGAGAUCGAUGCAAAACGUUUUUACCGAAUUGUCACACAGAAGUCGAAAGAGAGUAAGAAACUGUAUUUGGGUAGUAUGAAAGAACUGCAAAUGGCUUGCCUACUAAAUAAUGUGGUGCUGCUGGUGUCGCUGCUGGUACAGCUGGUAUUGCUAGUCCCUGUCAAUGGGCAGAGUGAUGAGGAUCCGUUGGUAAGCACAACCUUGGGAAGCAUUCAGGGCACUCGAAUGGAAAGCUUCAGUGGGAAGGCGAUUUAUGCCUUUCGCGGCAUACCCUAUGCAGAGCCACCACUCGGAGAGCUGCGCUUCGAGGCCCCCAGUCCAUAUCCUUCCUGGGGCAAUACCACACUCAAGGCCACUGCCGAUUCCCUGGUCUGUCCCCAGACGGGAAUUACCCUGCUGAUGAGCGAGGACUGUCUCAAACUUAAUGUUUUCACCAAGAACCUGACGGCACAACUUCCAGUGAUCGUAUACAUACAUGGUGGAGCAAAUAAGAUAGGCAGUGGGCACAGCACCUACGAGGCGGGGCCACAAUAUCUAAUGGAUCACGAUGUGGUGUUUGUGGCAUUCAACUAUCGCCUGGGUGCCUUGGGUUUCCUAAUUGGUGGCAACUAUGGUUAUCUGGAUCAGGUAAUGGCCUUGGAGUGGGUGCAAGCGCACAUCUCAAAGUUUGGAGGUGAUCCUCAGAUGGUGACUAUUAUGGGCAUGAGUGCAGGGUCCAUGGCUGUCAGUCUGCAUCUCGCAUCGCCGCUAUCAAAGGGAUUGUUUCAUCGUGCCAUAAUGAUGAGCGGCUCGGCAACAAACCACUUCAGCAUACACAAUGAGUUCUGGAGUCGUCUCUUGGCUCGACAGGUGGCAUGUCCCAUGUACAACACGUUUGAUAUGGUUGAGUGUCUGCGCAAUGUCACCUGGCAUCGCAUUGUUGAAGUAUGCAGCCAAUGGGAGCAGUACAAGUUUAUCAACAUGAAGUGGAACUACGAGAUUGACAACUACUUUUUGCCCAUGCAUCCUAGUGCACUCAUCAACCAGGGUCAGUUCAAUAAGGUGCCCAUUCUGGCUAGCUGGACUGCCAACGAGCUGGACUACACAACAUUAGUCCAAGUGGAGAAUGAACUUCUACUACACGAUAUCAAUGAGAACUUCAAUGAGUAUGCCCCAGAGUUCUUCCUCUUCGAUUAUAAUCCGACAAAAAGCCAACGUAUCAAGAACUUCUAUUUGGGGCAGCAACUCCGGGAGCUGGGUCGCGACAACAUCGAGGCAUUUGGACGCAUUUUUUCCGAUGGCAUCAUUGGACAUGGUGUUCAUCGGCUCGUUGACAUGGCACGAAAGCACACCAAUGUAUACUACUCACGUAUGGACUAUGUGGGUCAGAGAAGUCUCUCGGCACCGCUUAACGAGGAUAUGACUCUUCGGGGCGUGGGCCAUGCCGAUGAUCUACAGUAUGUUAUGCCUAGCUUGUGGUAUGGUACAAUCAUGAGGAAGGAUCACGCUGAUCUCUUUAUGAUGAAACGCAUCACAGAGUGGUUUGUUCACUUUGCCACGACAGGGAAGCCCGUGACUGAUUCAAGUAUCUGGCCAGCUUGCAAUGCCACAAGCGUUCAACUGCUCUACAAUGACAGGACAACAUAUGUGGGUCCUGCAGCCUACGUCGCCCGUUUUGCCAUCUGGGAUCAAUUGUUUCCCAAGACAAGCGGCGAAGCUGCGACUAUCGUUGCCCCAAGACGCCUCGGACUGGCCUUGGCUCUAGCCAUGCUCAUCCAUAGAUUAAUGUAGCUAUUAGGUGUGGAAAAAGCUUAUCAAUAGGCCGUUUAGAUUACACUAAUGAUGACUCUGCUCUUGUCGGAGCUCGGCAGCUAUUUACUUUGAUUAAUUAAUCAACAAAGGCGUGAGAUUUUCCCUCGUUGCUCUCUCUGGGUGUUCUUAAGUGUGUGUGUGUGUGUGUGUGUGAGAGUGUUUGUGUGUUGACCAACGCCUUGAGGCAAUUAGUCUUUUGGGGCAGCUUAAAUAUACAUUAAUUUGUCUUUAAAUGUUUCCAAUUGUAGCUGAUGACCCUUUCUCCCCUCUCCCCCCGUUAACUCGUAAUUGUUGCGAUAAAUUUUUGUAAUUGCCAGGUUCGCACAUGACAAAAGCUCAGUUCCUUCAGUCCUCCUCCUCCUCACAACUACCAUCGUGCCUCUCCUCCUGCUUCCAGUUGUCGUGUCUGUCUGUCGCUGUUAUUGACAUUUCAGAUUGGCAGCAUUUAAGUGGAUUGUUCUUGCGUGAAAAUCUCAAACAUGUCAGCGGCUGUAAAAGGAUUACGGCCCAACUGUUUAUGGGGGAGGAUUUGCUGGCGUUACCCUGGUAAGGGAUUACGUUUUGAAUGGACUGGGAAAUGUACUUCCUCGCAUAUCAUGAUGGGAAGUUAAUUUAAAUAGCAACACCAAACAUGAAAUGUUGGGAUAACUUCAAAUAAUGUAAAAUAUUGGUAAUAGUAAUAUAAAAUAUAACUACUAACUAAAGUACAAA